UGUACACUCGAGCUGAUUGGUCGUUUUAACGGCGUCUUCGACGGAAGCGCGAAACGGAACGGUGGAGUGAAAAGGCAGAAUUUAGCAGCAAGGAAAAACGACACAGCCGACCGGAGACAUCCGACCUGCUGUGAGGCUUGAAAGGAGAUUACCGGGCCAUAGAAAAAAAGCUAGCAACCUCCGACGAAAGGAAAACCGCGACGAGCAGCUGGCACAAAGUGGGUUGAACCGAACGAUAUCGACACAACAAGGGCAGCAGAAGCCACCGAGGUGUGCAUCAUCCUGCCGCCAACGAUAUCACACGGUUAUCGGAGAUCGUGGACAAAUGUAUGCGACGUCUUGAAGAAAACGCCGUCGCUUCGGAAAAGACUUUCGCUACUGCAGCCUCCGGGCACCUUCUCCGACCAAUACCAGCUGCUGGACACUGCACGGAUUGAUUGUUUUCCGGAACGUCCUCCCUCGAAGCUAGAAUUACGAGCAAAUCAGAGAGCCGGUUCGUUUUUUUUUAACGAAGAGCAGGGGAAGAAAAGUGGAAAGUAGCGCAUCGGUCAGUGAAACGGAAAAUGGAACGAAAGGUUGCUUGUUUUCUUUCACCCCGCAGCUGCAGCAGCAUCCCGCCAGCGGUGGUGGUUGUGGUUUUGGUGGCGAAAGCGAAAAGCCACGAGUGAGCAGUGAGCCACAGAUCGACGCCGGCAUCCGUCAUUUACGACGUGUGGCCUUUUUUCCGCGGGGAAGAAGUGUGAAAGGUUCGAUUAUCUCCGUGUGCCAGGGACAAUCCCGGGAAAACCAAUACGACGAUAGUGAUAACACGACAAACUUCUCAAAAAGCAUUUGCGAUUGAAUCUCGUCCGGUGAAGGUGUGCGGAAUAGGUGGGAAAAGUGCAAAGAAACGCGUCGUUUGUCCAUCCUAGAGAGGGCAAACAGGUGUGCCAAGUGUGUGCGUUUUCUAGUGUGGGUUGAUUCGUGUUCGAGUGCGUUCGUGACCACUUUCCGCUCAACAACCCACGCCCCCAAAAUGUCCAGCUGGGCGCAACGGAUGCACCGGCGGGCGGCAACCUUCGGCAGCGUGGUGACGUCCUGCGGGCACCCCGGUACCCCCUACCCGCACCGGCUCGAGAAGGUCAAGUUCGGGGUGCCGCUGGAGGAGGUGUGCAAGAAUGACAUUCCCGGCCCGCUGCUGGUGCUGAUACUGAAGCUGAACAAGGAGGCCCCGUUCCGGAAGGACGUGUUCCGGGCGCCGGGCAACCAGGGCGCCAUGAAGAAGCUGAUCCACUUCCUCCAGCAGGGCCGGCUGGUCAACGUGGACAACUACUCGGUCUAUACCAUCGCGAGCGUACUGAAGAAGUUCCUCCGCAAGAUCCCGGGCGGCGUGUUUGGGCGCGAUGGCGAGGCGGAACUGUUCCAGAUCGUUGAUCUGGUGGACGAGGUGCAGCAGCAGGAGAAAAUCCACAAGCUACUUAUGUCACUGCCAGGCCACACGCAGCGCUUGCUGGUGCUGCUGUUCGGAACGUUUCGCGUGAUAGCCAGCAACUCCGAGCGCGCCGAAACGGGCAUGACGAGCGAAGCGCUCGGAGUCUCGGUGGCGCCCAGCUUCUUUCAGUCCUGCGUCAGCGACGGCAAGACGGCCCGCAUGAAGGAUGUCCUACGGUAUAAGGUGGCGACGAAAAUCAUGAAGCAAAUGAUCGAACAGUUCGCUGCCUGCGAUCUGUUCGGGCGCGUGAACUACGAGUACUAUGCGCGCGUCACCGGCCGCGUCCUGAGGGUGCAGGACGAAUGGAUCUGCUCGUUCCGCUAUCCACCGCCGCCACGCGGAAAAACGGCCCAACAGCACUACGCAUUGCAAUUGGCAUUAGAGACGGAGAAAACCUGGCUGCAAUGCGAAUGCGUUAGAUGGGGGCUAAUCGCCCAGGAGGAGUCACACUCGACGCCGGCCCUACUGACGACGGGCGGUCCGAACGUAGGUAACUCGGCUGUAUCUCUCGGCAUCAUUCCAGAGCACUCACUGCUUGAAUCAUGCGCUCGGCUUUCUGUGUCGCUUGAGGGCCCCGGCAUUUUCAAUGUGCCCAAGGGCAGCUGCUCCUCAUCGUCCCACUCGUCGUCGUCCACCACGCGGUCCGGUUCGCAGCAUCACAUGACGCUGGACGAACUGCGGGCUGUCAAUCGGUACGCGGAAAGUACCAAGAGCCUUUCCUACCUACCUCAGGUACACGAACGGCAGGCAGCAAGGAUGCGCACCCGGUCCGAGUGGUUCCUGGGCGCACGGGGAAGCUCGCUGGAGCUGUGCCACGACGGUACCGGCUCGCUGAUCCAUCCGCAGAUCGUCACCUCGACACCGAUCCCGGGCGCCGUCGGCCACCAUCACCAUCCGCACGGAAUAAUCGGUACCUAUGCUAGUAUAGAUAAUCUGAACGAUAUCGUUGUCGUUGUCGAUGUUAACCAAGACCAACCACCGAACCAGUACCACCACAACCAGAACAACCACCGCCACGAUCACAGACAAUACAGUCAUUCGCACAAACAACACCAUCAUCCACAUGCGUCACCAACUUCGCCGGAACUGGCGCAUCCUUCAUGUUCCCAUAAUUCGCCUCCUAGCAAUAACGUACCCUUUAAUAGUUUGGCGCCCCGAGCCACCACUAAUAAGAGCGUCGAGAACGUCGCCACCGGCGAGGAUCGACGUCGUCGCUCGCAUCCUUACGAGCGUCGUGAUCACCCUCCCACUCACGGUUUCGUUUCCCAUUCUUCCGCCGUCGAGCGGAGGCAGAAAGCCCGGAGCAGAGCAGCGUCGGGAAAGCCCUCCUCCGGGGUGGAUGCGAUCGAGUACUGGCCGCAUAAGGACGACCACAACGACGACGACGACGCCGAUAUGUUGGCCGGCCAGGACGAACUCGAUGGUGACGAGAAUGACUUUGCCAUCUCGCAGAGCCACCAUUUCGAUAUGCGCGCCGAAAAUCGGCGUCGUCGUCGACGUCGGGCCCUUCUAGGGCGUGGGUCGUACGAUCAGUUAGUAUCUUCUGGUGCUUUCCCGUCGGGUUCGAAUGAUUGCUGUCCUGCUAAUGCUCCCGUCACGGAGAACGUAGCCAGUGGUAGUCGCACAGGUGAUGGCGGCUCUUCAGAACGUCCUAGCUCUGCUCCAGCGGCUGCCUUCGCAAAGUCGGCGAAGAAAGGAAAACUCUCCUCGAAAAUUAAGCCGUCCUCCUCUCGACCUCCAACCCUCGGUGCCUCCGGGCACACCGCUUAUCCCACACCGGAUGAAAGCAAUCGCUUAUCGACUGAUAAUUCUAACACUCCUGGCACAACGGUCCCUUCUGCUACCACUUCCGGCGCACCCAGUGGUAGCGGUGUUUCUAAUACAUCCCAUCCCUAUUCGCCACCUCAGGCGAAGGGGGAAGAAGUGACCAACGCUGUCGUUAACCGCCACAAGCGUAACAGUACCACCGGCAGCACUCACCACUCGAUCACGCUGGGCGGAAACGGAAGCACGAGCAUGCUUCCGUCGUCGCGCCAAAGCAAUCUCUCGAUGAUUGUGUUUUCGGUGUUGGAUUUCCUGUUCUGAGCGGAAGAUUCCGCUUGUUUGAUUGCGUGUGCGUUUGCGUGCGUGUGUGUGUUUGAGUAAAAUUAGAGCACAACUAGAGAAACAUUUUUUUCGCGAAUGUGGUUGCUUGUGUUUUCUCUAAUCCGUGUUUUUUUAUUCUAAUCUAUUUUUAUUGGAACGAUAGAAGAGGGAAAAUAAGUUAGUUGUUUUACAUUUUAACUAAGCGCUAUUUAAAUUUCUCUGUUUAUAUAUGAAGGUCAAACGUAAAAUGAGCAUUUUAUGACAGUAACGUUAAUUUAUGUACAGCUCUGACUAUUGAAAGGACAUGCGUUUCGUUUAGGUACAACACAUACGAACUGGAUUUUAAAGUGUUUAGGUUUUAGGAGUGUUAUUUAUUGGAACCUUCGUAAAUAAGGGAAAAAUUUCAGUUGCUCUUACUCACAACAACGAUCAUGAUCGUUGAACACACCUAGUUUCAAACAUUUGCGCUAUAGGAGUUACCACUGUCUAGCAAGAGACCGAUCUUGGAAAACUGCCUACCGUUUAAUGAAUCUAAAUUGAACUGGUGUUUGCAACAAAAUAGUUUGUUUUAAAUUUAGUGCAAAUAUUUCUAUCCUCUGCUACAUGAUUUACCACAUGUAUGCGUUGUUUGUUGAGGAUGUUUCUGAUCUUUUAAUGUUUUGGCAAUGUGUUUCAUUGAACUGCAUUCAACGAAUUUAUCAGUAAAAGCAGCAGAUCUCUUAAACUUAUUUUCGUUUUUCCCUAUCCCAAUACCUAGAAACGAGUAGCACUUUGGCUAGAAAAGCUCUUCAGUAGAGCUUUGAAACGUUGUAUAGUAACAUUAUGUUCACAGGGUAAACGCUGCUAGUGCUAAAGAUUACCAAUGCAUUGGCUGAUAAUGAUUUGGUACACUAUCGUCGUGUUACCAACUUCCAGCAAUCGCUAAGAAAAGAAAAAAACAAACGAUAGUAAUAAACGAAUUAAG